AUGAUUGCACAGCAAGGACUUCAGAAAUACGAAGACCUGUGGUACGAGGAUGGAACAAUUGUUCUCCAAGUCGGGAAUACCCUCUUCCGCGUAUAUCGCGGUGUGCUCGCUGAGCAUUCUUCUACGUUCCGAGACAUGUUUGCAAUACCCCAGCCCGAUGAAAUCGACUCAUACGAAGAAUGUCCCCUUGUUGCCCUGCAUGACCAUGCUUCCGAGAUGAUCCAUUUUCUGCUUGCCAUCUUCAAACCCGGCUAUUUUGAACAGGCUUCGACGACCAGCCGACCAUUUAUCAUCUCUGUCCUUCGUCUCGCCACAAAAUAUAAUGCCGCCGUACUCCGUUCUCGCAUCAUAUCCCUUCUCACCUCGUACUAUCCUUCAACACUCGAAGCUUGGGAAAACCGUGCAUCAUCCCCCGUUGCACAUCUCUUCACGGACGGCGACUUCAUGGCAGCCUACAUGGCACUAACGUGCAAUAUCACGACAAUUCUCCCGGCAUCCCUCUACUGCUGCUGCAUGCGGUAUCCUACCAGCUCACUGCUCAAUGGAUUCAAGGCCGCGCCGCCUAGCGGAAAGAUAAAGGCAGCCUGUCGUAGCACCCUGAACUCGCGCGACUUCUUCAAGAAGGCGAACAGGUGCCGCGAAAUGUCUUGCCGGAACGCGUUAUAUCGCUGGCGCGUGACGGAGGAGGGCGACUGGGACGAUCACUUCUACGACAUCCUGAAGGGUGACGAAAUGGACAGCGUAGCUUGCACGACGUGCAACGAAGGUGCAGAGGAGCUUUUCACGGAACUCCGGGAGGACGUGUGGGAUAACCUGCCUAGUUAUUUUGGUCUGCCCGAUUGGGAGGACCUUCGCAAAACACUGUCCGAGGAAUGA